CUAGGCUCUGCGCGUACCUCACUCUCCAUCAUGCCUGCAAAUACAAAUAGUGUCGAUAGUGCUUAUACUUCAGCAGCUAAAACUGAUCUGCAAGGAUUUGAACUGGCGGAACAUCACUUUGGUCCCUUACUUCGCCCAACUCGUGCCACAAAGAGCCCAUGGACCAAUUAUUCUAUCAAUCGCCUCCAAACCAAUCAAAAGUACCGCACAGUCGUCUCAGUGCCACGCAAGGUCUCUGAGGAUGACUCCGAGGAGGAUGAAUACGACAAGUACUCCGACGACGCUUGGCUUUCCAACAGCAUCAAAGCUUGUGUUUCUCAGAUUGAGGAUGAAAUGGACUUUGAGCACGGCACACUCCAGAAAUGCAUCACCAUUUUAUGCAACGAGACGGUGCUCGAUGACGAGGAACCACGCUCCACUGAUCAUAUAGUUAGGAUCUACUCACCCACUGCGCCAAUGUACAUUGAUGUGCAUUUUCAAUACUACCGCCGCUCGCGUCGGUCGGAGGUCGAGUGGCAAUAUACCCUCGGGUACAAGAUCCAACGCCGCCCACUUGCGACGGCAAGCAAUGCACUUGCUAUCAAAAAUGAGCUCAAGAUGGGCGGGCCUGAGGAUGUGUACGCGUACCAUGGGUGGCAAACCUUAGGCUGGGGUUUUUAUGAGUACUCCUAUAAAAACUAUGGCGAACGUGGGCGACGCGUUGAGUUUGGGAGGGUAGAGUUGCACGAGGAAGGAGUUAUGGACGUUCACGAGGUGUUGUUCGGGGAAUUAGAGAAACCUGCUGGAACCGACUCAGAGGCCAUGCUCGCAUAUCACCGAUCACUCGUAAGGGGCAUACGGCUGCUUCUCGCUGCUGUCGGUAUUUCAUAUGAUGUUGCGUGUACUGAUGAUGAAAGUGAUUACAGGCCAUAUGAGUUGAUGCUUGAGGGGCUGAGUGACAAAUGGGUCGCGCGGGGGAUACGAAAUGCGUGUGGCCUCCGACUCGCCAGAGAUGCAGAAGAAGAACGGAAAGGUGCCAUGGAACGACAGGAAGCAAAGGGUUACGACGAUGACUCCGAGGACGACAAAGGGGAUUAUGACUCUGGCUACGGUUUCUGAGGAUCAGAUGAUCAUGGAUGGGUAGGAGAGUUGCGUUCCAAAGAAUAACGAGUGUGCUACAUAUGAUAUUGAUACGUUUGAAGCUAGCACCUGUCAUAGUUCAAGUUCAUCGACAUCUGGCAGCGGUGAGAUGGAGUCAUGGACCCAGCCGCAAUCACAUACGAUGACCGAUGGCAAAGAGCUUCAUAUAAUGUACAAUGGCACAGCUCUGUCUGCUGCGACCUUAAACAGAUAACUUCGUCCGUCCUGUUGACAUGGAGAAAUGAG